AUGGAUUCUCCUACAAGCAAACCCGCUGCAAUACUGGAAUUUCUUCAUUUUUGUGAGAAUUUGAAGAAAACGAAAAGGACAGGAUGGAUAGACUCGAAAAUCAGUUUGCCCGAGAGUAUUGCUGACCAUAUGCAUAGAAUGGCGGUCAUUGCUUUGCUUCUUAACGACCCAAGUGUUGACAAGGAUCGAUGCGUAAAAAUGGCUGUAGUUCAUGAUCUUGCUGAAAGUAUUGUGGGCGAUAUUACACCACGGGACGGUAUAACUAAGGAAGAAAAAUCACGGCGAGAACAGGAAGCCAUGCAAAAGUUGUGUAAAGAUAUUCUCGGCGAGACGCCUCAAUCGCAAGAAAUUUAUGAUCUCUGGACAGAAUAUGAAAGGGCAGAAACGAGAGAGGCCCUAUUUGUCAAAGAUUUAGAUAAAUUCGAGAUGAUCGUGCAAGCCUAUGAAUAUGAAAGGUCGGAAAAUUGCGAUCUGAGCGAAUUCUUUAAAUCGACAGAAGGGAAGUUUACACACCCUCUCGUGAAAUCAUGGGUUGAUGAACUUUAUCGUAAACGUAACGAAACGCGAGCUGAUUGA